AUGGCAGGAGCGGAGGUGGGCCCCGUUUGGGGUCUGAUGCUAGAAAAGAUGCCCCUCUCUGCUUCACAGCCUGGGAGCAAACCACCCGCCUUCCGGAGCCCGGGGGCCCAGGCACCGAGAAGGGCCCGGAAAAGAACCGAAGGUGGAGCCAGCUCCAAUGUCUUCUCCAUGUUUGAUCAGUCCCAGAUCCAGGAGUUUAAAGAGGCCUUCACCAUCAUGGACCAGAACCGGGAUGGCUUCAUCGACAAGGAGGACCUGAGGGACACCUUUGCUGCCCUGGGCCGCAUCAAUGUGAAGAACGAGGAGCUGGAGGCCAUGGUGAAGGAGGCCCCUGGGCCCAUCAACUUUACAGUUUUCCUGACCAUGUUUGGGGAGAAGCUGAAGGGCACGGACCCGGAAGAGACCAUUCUCCAUGCUUUCAAGGUGUUUGACACUGAAGGGAAAGGUUUCAUCAAGGCCGAUUUCAUCAAAGAGAAGCUCAUGACCCAGGCAGACCGGUUCAGUGAGGAGGAGAUCAAGCAGAUGUUUACGGCUUUCCCACCAGAUGUCUGUGGCAACCUGGACUACAGGAACCUAUGCUACGUCAUCACGCAUGGUGAAGAGAAAGACUAG